UUCUUUUAUGGUGCCAGCAAAGCAAUGACAUCACUCCGAAGAAAAUUAUACUACUACUCCGUCUUAUUGCUUUCGUGGUCAAGUCCAUUACCAUUAGCAAGACCAACGUUUCUGAUCGAUCUACCGACUUUUUAAUUGGACGUUUAUAAAUUAGCCGGCCACUCCAAAACUUGAUCUGAACAUGGUAGGAAAUACUAGCACCUAGAACAACCUAUUGGUAGGAAAUGGAGGCGGCGGCGGCGGAACUGGUGUUUAUCCCUUCCCCCGGGAUGGGCCACCUGGUGGCAACGGUGGAGAUGGCAAAGCAACUCAUCGGCCGAGACCAACGGCUGUCAAUCACAGUCCUCAUAAUGAAAAUUCCAUUUGAUAAGUCCCAGGUCAGCUCCUCCACCCAAUCGCUACUACUCACGGCGGCAGGGGAUCGGUUAAAGUUCUUCUACCUCCCUCAAGACGAGGCCGCGCUGGCGGAGCUCCGGUCCGAGAAACCCGGCUCCUUCAUGUCGGAGUUUGUCAACAUGAACAAGCAGCACGUGAGAGAUCACGUAACAAAGAUGAUCUCGACCGGGUCGAGCCGGGUCGUUGGGUUCGUCGUCGACAUGUUCUGCACCCCGAUGAUGGACACGGCAGCCGAGUUCGGGAUCCCCACGUACGUGUUCUUCACUUCCAGCUGUGCUUUUCUCGGCCUCAUGUUCCACCUCGAUACCCUAAGCCGCGGCCAGGAUGUUACUGAGUUGAAGGACUCGGACCCUGAGUUGGAAGUGCCGGUUUUUGUGAACCCAGUCCCAGUUAAGGUGUUGCCUUCUGUGGUGCUGGACAAGGAAGGGGGGUCCACGUAUUUCUUGAGUCUUGCCAAGAAGUUGAAAGAAACAAAGGGCAUUAUGGUCAAUACGUUUGAAGAGCUGGAAUCCUAUGCGGUCAAGCACCUCGCCGAGGAUGAUAAGGUCCCGCCGAUCUACCCGGUGGGACCCGUACUUCACCUCCUGAAGGACGAAAAGGAAGAGGAAGAGGAGGUGAUCCAGAUCGUGAGGUGGUUGGAUGAUCAGCCCCCAUCGUCGGUGGUGUUCCUGUGCUUCGGGAGCAUGGGAGGCUUCGAAGGUGUCCAAGUGAGGGAGAUAGCACAGGCCCUGGAGCAAAGCGGGAACCGGUUCUUGUGGUCUGUCCGACAGCCUCCACCAAAGGGCGAAAUGGAACGAAAGAUGCCGAGUGAGUACAAUGACUUGAACCAAGCGCUACCGGAAGGGUUCUUGGAACGUACAGCAGAGACUGGAAAAGUGAUCGGGUGGGCCCCACAGGUGGCGGUGUUGUCCCAUAAGGCGGUGGGAGGGUUCGUGUCACACUGCGGGUGGAACUCGACAUUGGAAAGCUUGUGGUGCGGAGUGCCGGUGGCCACAUGGCCGUUGUACGCCGAACAACAAAUAAAUGCAUUUCAGUUGGUGAGGGAACUAGAGUUGGCUGUCGAGAUAAAGUUGGACUACAAGAACGAUUUGAGGUUUGCUAGUAUUAAUGUUAAGUUAGUGACAGCGGAUGAGAUUGAGAAUGCGAUAUCGAAAUUGAUGGAGAAAGAGGAUCAAAGUAGCGAAGGAAUCAAGCAGAAGGCAAAGGAAAUGGGUGAAAAGUGCAAGAUUGCUGUUAAGGAAGAAGGGUCAUCGUAUAAUUCAGUUGGACGCUUUAUUGAGGAUGUCAUGAAUAACAUACACUCCCCAUAGUUAAGUGGUGAAAUGUUUGUACUGGGAUUCAUACUAUAGAAGAGAUCGACAAGGGACUUGCUUUUGAUCUCAUUUAAAUUUCUUUCUUUUUUUCUCAAUUUAGUUCACACGUACUGAUUCUCAUUUCGGGCCCAACUUUUUUCCCAUGUUGUUCUGUACAGUGGUAUCCUCUAUUUUAUUAAUCACAACUAAUAGGCCGUGUUGGAUUUGCUUCUUCCA